AUGAAUACGGAUGAUCAAGCAAAUCGCUCGUUCGAGAGCCCGCUGGGUUUCCAAGUAUGGAACCUAACGAGCCCGGAGGAAGAGAUCAAUUGCGACUACUUCGCGGGAGCGCACAGCAUCUUCUCCACGAAUUGGUUCCGUGGCAUCAUAUGCUUCUUAUACAGUGCCGUAUUCGUGGUCGCGUUAACCGGAAACGGGCUGGUCUGUUACGUGGUGCACAGCAGCCCCCGAAUGAAAACCGUCACGAAUUUCUUUAUCGUGAACCUCGCACUCGGUGACAUCCUGAUGGCCCUUUUCUGCGUACCAACCAGCUCUAUCAGUACACUGAUACUGCAGUAUUGGUCGUUCGGACCAGAACUGUGUUCUGCAGUGAUUUACUUUCAGGCGGUAUCGGUAUUGGUGAGCGCGUACACGCUCGUUGCUAUCAGCAUAGAUCGUUACAUUGCCAUAAUGUGGCCCCUGAAGCCAAGGCUGAGCAAACGGCAAGCUCAACUUCUAAUUCUCGCUGUUUGGAUGCUUGCUCUGGUAAUAUCACUCCCAAUUGCUGUGGUUUCAAGGCUAACGCAGCCCUCGUUGCAGUACGAAAGAUGCAAUCAAUAUAUUUGCGAAGAAGUUUGGCCAUCGAUGGAGAACAAAUAUGAUUACUCGAUCGCGUUAUUGGUCCUCCAGUACGUGAUACCAAUAACAGUCCUGAUGUUCACGUACACGAGCAUCGCUGUUGUGGUGUGGGGCAAGAGACCGCCGGGGGAAGCCGAAAAUGUCAGAGACCAGAGGAUGGCACGAUCGAAAAGGAAGAUGGUAAAAAUGAUGGUGACCGUUGUUAUAGUGUUCACUAUAUGUUGGCUUCCAUUCAACAUACUAAACUUACUAAUGGAUAAUAACGAGACCCUAGGAAGUUGGUCCGGACUUCCGUUCGUAUGGAUGGUUCUUCACUGGUUGGCUAUGUCGCACUCCUGUUACAAUCCAGUAAUUUAUUGCUGGAUGAACGCGAAAUUUCGAAACGGUUUCAUAACAGUGUUCGGACGCUUGCCUGGUGCACAUCGAAUUCUCCGUAGAGACAGACAACGUAACAGUAAUAACGCCAGUACAAUGGGCAUCCCCUUGACAGGUCUGAAUGGCUCAAACCACUCUGUCCUCCGACGUAUGAACACAUGCACGACUUAUGUGAGCGUUCGCCGAAAAACAAAUGGGAACCAUUCAGCGCCCGCAAGAAGUGCCAGCUUCCGGAAUGACUCGUUCCGACCAACGGCCCAACAAGUACAACGACAAUUCGUUUAUCUCGAGUAUAUUUAA